AUGGUGACCAAAGUGACAAAGGGUGAAAAAAGAGCAGGUCACCAGAGGAGAAAUUCUAAUGGGAAGCCUAUUCAACCCACUUUUCAAAUGAAAGGCUCUUUCACAAACCAAGAAGUAGGAAAAGGAGUUGAGGAAAAACAAAAAGUUGAUGCUUCGAAAUGGGAUUCUCCAAGUCCUUCUCAGAAAAAUGAGAGUCCCAGAAAUUCUAAUGAUUUGACACUUCAAAGGGAUUAUUCUUGCAAGUCUCUGCAAAGUAAAGAUCAGUUAGCAUCCACAGAAUUUGGAAAGAUUGCAAUAAAAGAAAAUGAAGCAUCUGCACCUGGAGCUGGAAGUGGGCCUGACCCUGGCUCCAAAGUUGGAGUUCAAAUAGAAAAAUCAGUCCCUCAGAAACAGUGUGAAUCACCUCUAGGAAAAGAGAAACAGAAAGAAGGAAAGAAAGAUGUGAAACAAGAAUCGAAACUUAAAGGACUAUCCGAUGGAGAACAGGAAAGUUUCAGUAAAAAUAACCAGAAACAGGAUAAAGUUACUUUAGAAACAACCAGCAUACCAGAACAAAUGGCACCUAAGGAACAAGUUAAGUCUCUUUCUGCUCCAUUUUUGAACAAGAAAAGAAUGUCUGAAGUACCAGAAUCUAGCAGAAAAUCUCAUGGAGAUGACAUGCAUUCAAGUGCAGAAACGACUUUGAAAGAAAGUUGCAAAAAAACAUGGAUUGAGGAGGACAAGAAAGGCAAAAACAAACCUAAAAUCAAGACGACUGAAUCAAAGCAAGUGUACUGUAAAAUUUGUGAAAAGGGAAAAAUUGCUCAUCAGACAAAAGACAACCUCCCAAAAGAUGACUUUAAAGAAUCAAAAGAAAUACUAGAAGCAUCUCCUACUUUGGCAAAAAACUUCAGAGAUUCUGUGGAAAAGAAGAAACAUAAACGCCCUCUCAGGGGAAAAGUUCUAAAGUCAUUUUCUGGGCAAACAGAACAUGAUCGGGAUGCUGUUUUAAAGAAUUUAGAGAUGCCUUUCCAAGAAAAUGUUCCUGUGUUUUCUCCCAAUGUGUGCCCACAAAAAAGCACCCUGCAACUUAAGAAUGAUAAUGAGCCAGAAAUUCAAUGUACUUGCAAAGUAAAUGAAGAGGAUAUUGCUUGUGUUGCAAAAAACCCUGAACUUAUAACUGCAAGAAAAAGUAAGGAGAAAACAAAGCAUAAAGCAAUCUCAUUUGAGAGUAGUCAUCACAAUGUCAGUAACUCUACAGAUGAGUUAAACCGUUGGAGACCCUCCCUAUGUACAUCAAAAAUGCCACCAGAAAAAGAGAUGGAAGAGGAAAAGAAAAAGCAUCAACACAAUGUAAUGGAAAUAUCUGAAGGAAAAGAUGGUGGUAACUUAAUUGACAACAGAACAGGUGGCAAAAUUAAUAAACGAUUUUCUAUGAAGAACCAUCAAAAUGGUAAUGAUGAGGAAAAUAAAAUUCCUAGGGAAGAAAUUCCAAUAAUGGAUAUUUCUUCCAAGGAAAAUUUACCUGUGCACCAUGUUUUAAAAGGGUAAGUUUGUCAAAAUAUUUAAAUGGAGAAUUAUUAUCAAAUGUUAACAUAUAUGAUAUAAUCAAUUUGCUCUACAAAUCCAGAUUCAGAUUCACUCUGCAUUCUCUUAUUUUUUGCCAAGAAAGAA